AUAUUAUCAUUUCACUACAGUGUGAGUAAAGUAAAUGCUUGACAACAUUAUUUGCGUAUUUGAUAUAAGUCUGGCGUGUCUAGUCUAAGUUCUUAAACUGUGCGUAACUUUUCAAAGUGCGCGCGCAACACGGCCAACUUUCAUAUGUUGCACGUUGUUGUGGCCGUGUGGCCUACGUGACUCAGAAACAGUUAUCAAUGGCGCAACAACAGCUGCUUCAAAAGUUCACUGACCAAUUUUAGUGCAACGGCAACCCUCGAACCAAGCAGUAUUCAACAUUUUCGAACGAAUAUGUUUUAAUUGAAAAUCACACGCAAACACACACAGCCAGAUAAACGUGUGCGCCUGUUAAAUAAUCAGCAAGUGUUUUCAACAAAUAUACAACAACAAAAACAAUAACAACAAACAGCAAAGUGAACGUGCAGGAAAUCCAGACAUAAAAAAAACCUUGGCGCGUUUACAUUUCAACAGUUGCUGCUAAAAUUAGUUCUAAAGUGAAGCAGCUCGAUUCUAAGUGGUCAAAAUGUUGGACAUUGUCCAACCACUCGCACAACUAAGCAGCAGCAGUAGCAACAACAACAAUAACAAUAGCAGCGAUGUGAUCGUCAUUCGGGCCAAGCCAAAGAAGGUGUUCAAGCCAAAGGCGCGCAUCAAUCGCAUACCACAGGAGCUGCUCGCUGAUCCGCAGCUGCAGCAGGCAAUUGAUAGGCUGCCGUCGAACUACAACUUUGAGCUGCACAAGACAAUUUGGCGUAUACGCGAGACAAAGGCAAAGCGUGUCGCCCUCCAGCUGCCCGAGGGUCUGCUGAUGUACGCAAUGGUCAUAAGCGAUAUUGUGGAACGCUUCACCAGUGCCGACACCGUCAUCAUGGGCGAUGUCACCUACGGCGCCUGCUGUGUGGAUGAUUAUACUGCACAGGCAUUGGGCGCCGAUUUGCUGGUGCAUUAUGGCCACAGUUGUUUGAUACCCGUCGAUCAGACGUGUGGCAUUAAGGUGCUGUACAUAUUCGUGGACAUUAAAAUCGACCCGUUGCACUUCCUCGACUCCGUCAAGCUGAACUUUAAGCCCGACGUGGGCCAAAUUGCGCUCGUCAGCACGAUACAGUUUGUCACCACACUGCAGGCAGCUGCCACAGAGCUGAAGGCCGCCGGCUACGAUGUGCUGGUGCCGCAGGCCAAGCCUCUCAGUCCGGGCGAAAUAUUGGGCUGCACCUCGCCACAGCUGCCGGCGACGGCGGAAAUGAUUAUCUACCUGGGCGAUGGACGUUUCCAUUUAGAAUCGGCCAUGAUUGCCAAUCCAUUGGUCAAGGCCUACAAGUAUGAUCCGUAUGAGAAGAAGUUCACCGUGGAGCGUUAUGAUCAUGGCGCCAUGCAGGGCUUGCGACAUUCGGCCGUGCAACGUGCCAAGCAGGCGAAGCGCAUCGGCAUCAUUCUGGGCACCCUGGGACGGCAGGGCAGUGCGCGUGUGCAUCGGUUUCUGGAAAAGCGUCUGCAUGCCAAGGGCAUUGAGACGACAACCAUAUUGCUAUCGGAGAUCUUUCCACAGAAGUUGGCGCUAUUUGAUGGCAUCGAUGCCUUCGUUCAGAUUGCCUGUCCGCGACUCUCCAUCGAUUGGGGCUCGGCCUUCGAGCAGCCACUGCUGAAUCCCUAUGAGCUCUCUGUCGUCCUGGGCGACAUCGAGUGGACGCCAGACAAUGCCUCGCCCCGCACUAAUGCCUAUCCCAUGGACUUUUAUGCCACCGGCAGCCUCGGCCCAUGGACACCCAACUUUAAGCCACCAGCGCUGGGAGAAUGCGAGAACAAACCGUCAGCCGAUUGCUGCGGCCGUUGCACACGGGCCGAGCUGGAGAAGGACGACAGUGGCAAGGCGGCGGCAUUAGCCGAUCUGCUCGAUUACAAGAAGGGGUAAACCACAGAGUCGACAGCUCCGUCUUGAGAACGACAUCCUGCAGUCGCUCCCAUAUUAUCUCUCACGUGAAACUUACUGCUAAGUAACUAAGUGAUUUAGUUUAUGUGUGCCCGCCAAGCCCAAUUGUAAUAUACCUACUAAUUUAAGUUAGUACAAAUUUGGUUUCUAAGUUAUGUAACUAUAUUAUUUAGCUCAAAACUCUUGUGUUCAUUUAAUUUCUUCUAAUUUCACCAUUUUGUGACAGCAUUCAUCAAAUAUUCUAGUUUUUAGUUGCAUUUUCACAAAAACAAAACAAAAAAAUAUAUAUCUGAAACGAUUGUUGUCAAAGAUUAAAGAAA